UCUCCUGCGGGUGGAGGGUUCUGUCGUCUCGCAGAAAUGGCGCCAAAGAGGAAGAAGCCCGACCCUGCUCCCUCCUCCGAACCGGACGGAAUGUUCUCCGGGAUGUCCGUCUUCUUGGUGGAGAACGGAGUUCAGCCGCGCCGGUUGCAGAUUUGGAAGCAGAGGCUGACACAAAUGGGGGCUACCAUAGAAGAGAGUCUGUCAAAGGGUGUCACUCACGUUCUUGCUAUCAGUUCGGAGGCGCUCCUUCAGCAGCUCAGCAAAGAACGGUUGACCCGUUUUAAGGGGAAGGUUCUGCUCUAUCAAUGGCUGGAGGAGAGCUUGAGAUCGGGUGAAAAGGUCUCUGAGGAUUUGUAUGAACUUAGGGGAGAGUUGGAAAAAGAAGGAACUCCAGAGAAAUCAAUGAGUAAACUGGAAAAUGGAAGUUCAGCCAGUGACAAUGAGAAACCGCAUGCCACACUUAUCAGAUCUUCUUCUGAGGAUUUAGCUCAGAUGGAAUUAAAAGAAGUCUCGGAAGAUAAUGGCCUCUCUACUGGAGUAAGUAGCCCCGCAGGUUCUUAUGAUUCGAGCCACUCUCUGAGCCUUGUCAGUAGCCCAAGAACCUCUGAUGCCGCCGACAAGGAUGUGGACAUUGACCAACCAUCCUCAAUAUAUAAACCACCGGACUUGAACAGGAACAUAACUGAAAUAUUUGGGAAGCUCAUAAAUAUAUACAGAGCGCUUGGUGAUGAUCGAAGGUCAUUUAGUUAUUACAAGGCCAUACCGGUUAUUGAGAAGUUGCCCUUUAAGAUUGAAAGCGCAGAACAGGUCAAACAUCUGCCUUCGAUCGGAAAGUCAUUGCGGGAACAUAUUCAGGAGAUAGUGACCACUGGGAAGUUGUCAAAGUUGGAGCAUUUUGAAACUGAUGAAAAGGUACGCACCAUCAGUUUAUUUGGUGAAGUUUGGGGCAUUGGUCCAACCACUGCGCAUAAGUUAUACGAGCAAGGCUAUCGUACUCUGGAUGACCUAAAGAAGAAUGAGGAGUCACUGACGCAGGCACAGAAGCUAGGAUUGAAAUAUUUUGAAGAUAUCAAACAGAGGAUUCCACGUCACGAGGUUGAAGAGAUGGAAAAGCUACUUCAAAAAACUGGGGAGGAAAUCUUACCUGGGGUGGUUAUUGUAUGUGGAGGAUCUUAUAGACGUGGAAAAGCUUCUUGUGGGGACCUGGAUAUCGUAGUUACUCAUCCUGAUGGGAAAAGCCACAAGGGCUUUCUAAAGAAGUAUGUAAAGCAAUUAAAGGAUAUUGGAUUUUUGAGAGAAGACCUUGUCUUCACAACACACAGUGAGCAGGGUACGGACUCGGGGGUUGACACAUAUUUUGGUCUCUGCACAUAUCCUGGAAGAGAGCUACGUCACCGUAUCGAUUUUAAGGUGUAUCCAAGGGACAUUUAUGCAUUUGGGCUGAUAGCUUGGACUGGAAAUGAUGUCCUGAACAGAAGGUUGAGGAUACUAGCUGACUCCAAAGGGUUUCGGCUUGAUGAUACCGGGCUUUUUCCAGCAACUCAUGGAUCGGGUGGUAAAAGGGGUUCAAAGGGCAGUGCAAGCAUAAAGUUAUGCACCGAGAGAGCGGUUUUCGACUUCCUUGGUUUUCCUUGGCUGGAGCCGCAUGAGAGAAACUUGUGAGGUGUAAAUAGUUUGUAAAUCUGAUGUUGUGUAUGCCCCGGGGAAUCAUUUUGUUGUACAGUGUGGGGAACUCUUCUCAAUGUUUUGUUGUCUAGGCUUAGAAGAUAAUGUACAAGAAGAACUCAGUUGUAUGUCAGAAGUUAUCGUUGCAUUUUGAAGAGAGAUGAUGAAAUGAAUCUCCUCUUGUGCAACUCGAUCUUGUUCUUUCUCAUCA